UUUGUGGGGUCUUUUUACAUUCAGUAAAAUAAUGAGCUCUCGAAAAGAAGAAAGUUUAGCUGAAAUUAUAUCCGAGGAUUUUUUACAGUGUGGAAUUUGUCUAGAGGAUUUCAAAUCUCCGAAGACACUCGCUUGCCUUCAUACAUUCUGCCACGAUUGCCUGAAAGCUUUCCACGCCAAGUGUUCUGAUCAAACUGUUGCGACUUGUCCAACGUGUAGGGACGAGACCCCGCUGAAGGACUGCGACAUUCAAUCUCUGAAGGACAAUUUCGUAUUGAGCAAUUUACAAAACGUAGUGUCCUGGAUGGCGUCUAAUGUUCCGGGGAAACCUAGUGUUUGUGAUAAUUGCGAAGCUGACGGCCAGAGAGAGACGGCGGUAGUGAGAUGCAAUGAUUGUGACGAAAACUUAUGUGGACAGUGCUAUAAGGCUCAUUCCCGGAUGAAGCUGACCAAGAACCAUAAAGUGGACCAUCUAUCGGGCCAAGAUUUGGCCACUGAGAAGAAAGUCAUCGCUCCAACAGCCGGGAGGGCGGGUGGCCAACUGGAUUCAACGACAUUUGAUAGAUUCAAAGAAUUCAAAUGCGAGUCACAUUCUGAAAGUGUCAAGCUAUUCUGUAUCAAAUGCGAGGUCCCCAUUUGCCUUAUUUGCUACGCGACGGAACAUACCAACCACAACUGUUUGAAUUGGAAAGAUGCGGUCGAACAAGAGUGUCAGAAAGUACGUGGAAUUUUAACCGAGAUGGCUAAGAAGACCGACGAUGCCAAGUCAUCACUGCAGGCUGUAAACGAAGAUAUGCAACAGCUCGAAGCACGAAUGAAUGAUGUCGUCACUAAUAUUGGUAAUAAACGAAUAGCAUUUUACUCCCUAGUAGACCACUACGCUAAUAGUCAGAUAAACAAAGUCCGAGAGACUCUAAAAGGUGAAAUCAAGCAGCUGGAUAUGAAACGAAACGAAAUCUCGGAUGGCAUAGAGAUCAGCCAACAAGAAUUAAAAAUGGCCGAACACGUACUUCGAGAAGGUAGCGAUGGUGAGAAGGUUGCGUUAAAGAAAAAACUGCGCGAGAAGAUACAGGCAUUGGAAGAUAUAAAAGGUGGCGUGGAGGUUGGUCAGCAAAGCACUCGCGUCCAAUUCCAGCCGGGAAUCCUUACGGAGGGUACAAUUGAAAGUCUUUUCGGAAGAGUUUACCUCAGUAAACCAAAACCACCACAGUCUGAAAACAACGAAGCUAUUGAUACUUUGACUACCGUUGCUGCCAACGUUGUAGAAACACGGCAACCCAUGGUCUCAAUGUCGACACCAGUACGGAUCGAACCACCCACCCCUCCACCUAAGAAACCAGGCGGAAAAUCACCACUGAUGGUAAUCGAAACCCGAACUCCAAGCGACAACCACGCAUGCAAUAUCACCGGACUGGCACUGCUACAAAAUGAUAACAUUGUCAUCGCCGACAGUGCCAACAGCGUCGUGAAGCUUUUUGCGCACGAGGGUUAUAUUCUGAAAGAGAUGCGUAAGUCCCAUGAGUUGCUAUCUCCGUAUAGCAUUGCGAUCGCCCAGGACGACAGAAUACUCGUCACAGAUGGUGGUAACAUCAAGGCCACCUUAUCAAGUGCUAUGCGUAGUAACGUGGUUCUCGACUGCAAAGUCCAAGCUCUCGGAGGCAUUGCUUUACACCCAGUAACUGGUAAUGUUUAUGUUACUGAUCGACAACGUAGCAAUAUUUACGUCUGUGAUGUGCGAGAAAGGAAAAUAAUACGGGCAUUGACUGAAGCAGGCCACUUAAAAUCAAGAGGUUGUACGUAUCUUGCCAUCAACUCGAACAACCAACUGGUUGUUUCAUUUCCUGUUAGCGGUGUUGUACAAGUGUUCACCCUCAUUCCUCAAGUGUCGCUUUUAGGAACGUAUGGUCCAGUGGGGUUCAGUCCAGGUGGUCUCUGUAUCGACAGAGAGAACAACGUCAUCGUUGCUGAUAUGAACGCCAAUCGAGUGGUCGUUCUGUCUCCCACUGUACAGAUUAUGAAAUCAGUCCUGCUGACUCAGGAAGACGGGAUCGAAAGGCCACAGGUCGUGGCGCUAGACAAACAAGGCCGACUGCUCGUCGGAGAGGAAAGAAGUGGUAAAGUGAAAAUAUUUCCCUACGAAAAACCAUGAACAGUGAGCAGAGGGUAAUACACAAUGAAUGAUGGACUUUGCGUAAUGAACAGUGAAUAAUGAACAGUGAGUAAUGAACCAGUGACCAGUGAGUACUAUGCAGAUACAAGAACUUCAUGUAGGCCUGGUAUCCGAGCCCCUUGAUAAAUCAUUGUACCGUGUGUGACACUCCGAUGAAACAAGCACACGGUACAUACUCACGGUAUGGCGUGAAUACUACAAUAAACAGCGAAAACAAUAUUUAUUACAAAUUAUAUAUGCUAAAAUGAGGAGUGCAAAUAGAGUUGUGUUAACCAUUAACCAGAAAACUGUUAAUCGUGUCUGGUUAAUACCCCUGUGAAGUCAAAUCAGAGUACUAGUUAAGUUUAUAAUGG